ACAAACAGUUUUGGCUUUUGAAAUGAAAUAUCCAAUUUUUUUAUAGUGUUUUGUGUUCUCAAAUUACAAAUUCGAAGCUAAAUUAAAAUCUAUAAAGUACCUUUAGCCAUUAAGAUCAUCAAGUCAGGUUUUACAUGCAUUAACACGGCCUAGAAAUGCAAAAUGUGUCAGUUACCUUCAAAUAUUCGUUGUCAUAGGAAACACUGAGUAUCUAUUUGCUGCUAAAGGUGAACUGAUUAAACAGCAAAAAACACACCCGCCCCACACCAUCGACACAGUUAUACCAAAAGAGCAUCUGACAGACUGACCUGGACUUAAAAAUCAGAAGCAGAAGUCCAGCAACAUUGCAGAGAGCUGCAGGGAGAUGCUGCUGAUUGUGGUGCUUCUGUUCCACCGCAUCGUUACAGCUGGGGCCUGUCUGCAGUGUGACCGCUCCAUCAGCACCAUGCAUGAGGACUUCAUCCUGUCUGCUCCCUCCGUGGAAGACCAAAUUAUUUUUCAAAUGAUUUCCGACCAAGCCUAUGUGACAUACAGGGAAACAAGUCAGAGUCGAAAGGGAGUCAUUGAUCCAACCACGUUGUACAGAGCCAAAACUGAGUACCAGAGUGAAUUUCACCGCUUCUUGAAUGCUCCUCGUAUUGAGCCUCUAAAAUAUGAAGCCAUUCAGAUCAUGGAGAAAGGCAGGAAGAUCUUAGAGAAACACUUGGAAGCUUUCAUCCCUAAAGAACUUUGCCCCAACAAGUGUGGGCUUCUCAAUAGAAGAGUAAUGGAUUGUGUCUCUUGCAAGUACAAGACGUACAUCUGUCCAGCUCUGUCAGACCAGCUGGACUGUGAUGUGCAUCUGGUGCAGGCAGAGGAGGAAGGCCAAGCGGUAUUGAACUGCUUCCUUCCAUGGCAUCGUUUCCUUCUGGGAAAACCAGAGUACCACUACUCCAGGGCUACUGGAGAGACAGACGCCAAAAAGCUGACUGAAAAAGACUUCCAGCCCUUGGUGGUGACACAAGACGCGUCUAUAGUCCUGAAUCAGCUUCAUUUGGAUGAACAAGGAACAUAUCGCUGCUCUCUGCAAGAUGAAAAUGGAGCCGUCUACUAUCGAGCCUCUUUCCUGCUCACAGUCGAGCCUUUGCCUCUUCAGACCCUCCAACCCUUCGUCACUCUGCCCCCACUGGCUCAUGGCGUCUACUCUCCUACAGAGAACCGGCUUGUGCCUCUCAUUGUCGUGGUUACAACACUGAGUCUGGCAGCGAGCGUAGGCCUCAUAGUUCUCCUGAGGAUGAUGAUGAAUCGGCAGAAAGAAGUCAAAGACUUGAGGAUCAAAAAGAAUGACAAACACACAAAGGCCACAGCAUGAUGUAUACAGUAAUUACACUUUCACAGGACGGGAAAGGUUUCCUCACUUCCGUUUCUAGAUUUUACGCCAUGACCAAAUAAAUUUUCCAGCAUGAAGUGUCAA